GUGCCUGUCCUCCAGCCCACAGAUCUGAUGGUGGAGGCGACAGCGCGGCGUGUUUUCAGUAAUGCCCACACCUACAACAUCAACUCCAUCUCCGUGAACUCUGACCUCCAGACCUACAUCUCCACCGAUGACCUCAGGGUCAACCUGUGGAACCUGGAGAUCACCGACCAGAGCUUCAGUAUCCUUUCACCUGUCUACAACAUUUAUAGGUUACCGACUGCUGCUUCAAAUAACCUUUGACCUCUAGGAACAAGUGCUAUGCCUGUAUUCUGUUCCUCUGUCUUGUUAUAAACAAUCCAAAACAUUUAGCUGAACUGUUAUUUCUCCCUGAGCGUGCCCCUCCCCAGACAUUGUGGACAUUAAGCCGGGUAACAUGGAGGAUCUGACGGAGGUGAUUACAGCAGCAGAGUUCCAUCCUCAACAGUGCAACACCUUGGCCUACAGCAGCAGUAGAGGGUCAGUACGACUCUGUGACACGAGGAAACAGGCGCUCUGCGACACACACUGCAAGUGUGAGUACUGGAACAGGCAUACACACAGACACAUGUAUUCAAGCGCACACACACGCACACACACUCCACUCAGACAUGGUGCAUUGUGUGACAAUAUCUGUGGAGGGGGAAAGAGAUUGAGAAAAGAAAGGAGAGAGGGAGGGAAGUCGUCUCUGAUUAAACCAACCUUUAUCCUGCUACAGUCAAUUGCAUGGCUAGGAUUGAUAACCACAAACAUCAAUAAGGUUGUCUGUCUGUCUGUCUAUCUGUCUUCUCUCCCAGUUAAAACAAUGAAAGGCUCAACGUCUCAAAGCCCCUGUCUGUCUCUGGGAGCAUCAGAUGAUAUGCAUAUCCCUCUGAAGGAAAUGAAUAAUGAAUACAUUGACAUUUAAGGCUGAGGAUCGAUGGUGUAAGAUGCAAUAGCAAUACCUAAUUAUGGAAAUACGAUGACUGCGUCCCAAAUGGCACCCUAUUCCCUUUAUAGUGCACUACUUUUGACCAGGGCCCAUAGGGAAUAGGGUGUAAUUUGGGAUGCAGCCCAGGUUGUUCAAUAACAGUAGUUAUUUCCUGAGCUGUAGUGACAUGUUCACCGGUCCGUACACACACACACAUCCUGUCGAAUAGCACAUGACUAGGAAUAUUCAAACACAUUUGGGACUCUGCCUUGGGGAUAUUGUUAUUUAGGUAUAGCAUUACUAGCUUUGUCUUCAAAUGUGAGCAAAGAGCAAUGAGAUACCCUGGGGUUAUCUGAUAGCAGAACAUACGCUUGCCAUCUUUCAGAGGUUACACACACACACACGCACACACACACACACACACAGACAGACAGACAGACAGACAGACAGACACACACAGAAAGACACACACACACAGAAAGACACACACACACACAGAAAGACACACACACACACAGAAAGACACACACACAUACAGAAAGACACACACAGACAGACACACACAGACAGACACACACACACCUCCCUGUGAUGAAUACCACCUGCUAAUCCAGCAGGACUCCAGUAGGCCCAGAUCCGUGACAUUGAUUUGUUUUAUUUUCUCCCUCCCUCAUCCCUUUAUCCCCUCGUUUCUCAUCCCUCGUUAGACUCCCCACUGACACACAGAGCAGUUCUCCCUGUGUCAACAUAGCAAGGAGGCAGGAACACACACACAGAGAAUUCAUUAAAUUCAUUAAAGCUCCCUCUGGUUUGAUAACAGACUCAUUGAUGCAUAGCUUAUUAUUACUGUGGUGUAACUGUUCAUCUCCCUCCCUCCCUCCCUCCCUCCCUCCCUCCCUCCCUCCCUCCCUCCCUCCCUCCCUCCCUCCCUCCCUCCCUCCCUCCCUCCCUCCCUCCCUCCCUCCCUCCCUCCCUCCCUCCCUCCCUCCCUCAGUCUUUGAGGAGCCAGAGGACCCCUCCACUCGUUCAUUUUUCUCAGAGAUCAUCUCUUCCAUCUCAGACAUCAAGUUUAGUCACAGCGGUCGCUUCCUGAUGACACGGGACUACCUGACAGUCAAGGUGUGGGACCUCAACAUGGAGACCAGACCGGUCCAGACAUACCAGGUAGUGUACGCUGUGUGUGGAUGCGUGCGUGUGAUUGACUUUUGAUUACUUCACACCCUAGACAUGCUUAGUGAUGACAUGAUCAUCCCACGCCUGACUGAUGAAACGAUCACCCUGUAUCUGACAGGAUCUGACCUUCCCAGUAUGGCUGUCUGUGACCAGAUAGCGUAGACCUGGGGGUCACCUGUCGCUGUGGGUCACUGUGGGGGGUUUAUUAACAGUCAGUAUCAGUCUUACAAAUGAAUCCAGGCUUACAAAUGAAUCCAGGGUUCAAUAAGUCUUCCCUGGGGUAAUUGGUGGGGAGGACAGGGGGUAUGAUUGGGUUGAGUGAUGGGGCUGUAGUCUGUCAUUUGAUUUGAUUUAUCUAAACUUUAUUAAACAAUAUAGGUCAAUUGAGGACACCUUGCUCUCCAGAAGGGUAGUUUCAUCGUUCAUAUCAGUGAUAUUGUA